AUGUCAGGUCUUCAGAUUUCCAAAAUUUUUCUCAGAGCUGCGUCCAACCUUACCGCACCAUUAUCCCAAGCUAAAUGUCUUUAUCCUACACGUGGACUCACUAGUGGCAAACGGUUUACCUCUUCGCAACCCAAGUCGAAAGUGGAGGAAUCCGAAUUGCAACCACCCUCAAUUCCCGGGAGCGACGCAGCAAAAUCGUACUCUGCGAAGAUUACUCGCAUCGUCGACGAAAUUUCAACAUUGACUCUACUUGAGGUGGCUGAUCUAACUGAGUUGUUACAAAAGAAGUUGAAUAUCCAGACUCCGACAGCUUUCAUGCCUACAAUGAUGCCGACAGCAGCAAACAGUCCGCCACCAGAUGAGGCUGAAGAACAACAGACCUCUGUCAAGUCUUCCUUCACUGUGAAGUUAAUGAAAUUCGACGCCAGCAAAAAAGUACCUUUGAUCAAGGAAAUCAAACAAAUCGUUCCUGACAUGAAUUUGGUACAGGCGAAGAAGUUUGUUGAGGCAAGCUCCGCCCCCGGAAAUAUUAAGGCGGAUGUGAGCAAAGAGGAAGCAGAAGAAAUCAAAAAGGUUCUGGAGGCCGUUGGAGCAACCGUAGAAAUCGAUUAA